UGACUGUUGUCCACAAAGGGGAGAAUCAGGUGAGCAUGGCAGUCGGUACAAUGUCACUGGAGAAAUGUCGGAGUGAAUGGGAAGAAAUAGAGAAAGAAUAUCAACAGCUGCAGAUUGAGACGUCUUUGAGAAGAGUGACGUUAAUCUGAGGAUGGAGUCUCAUAAGGUGUACCGGCAGAAGCUAGAGGAGCUCGCACACCUGCAGGCGAUCUGCAGCAGUGCCAUAUGCAAACAGAGGAAAGGCCUUAAAGAGCUCGGACACACACUUCGUCAAUGCGCAAAAACAUGCGACGACAAAGAGUCUCUGGCCAUAAAUCACCUGCAGGAGCAGAUUAAAGAGAAGCAGAAUGUCUUCUUCGACAUGGAAGCCUACUUGCCAAAGAAGAAUGGAUUGUACUUAAAUCUGGUCCUUGGAAAUGUGAACGUAACGCUGCUCAGCAACCAGGCGAAAUUUGCGUAUAAGGAUGAGUACGAGAAGUUUAAGCUGUGCAUGACCAUAAUCCUGAUGCUAGGUGCCAUCACAUGCCUCUUCCUGCUGAACUACCGAGUCACAGAUGAAAUCUUCAAUUUUGUAUUGGUGUGGUAUUACUGUACGCUGACCAUCAGGGAAAGCAUUCUCAUCAACAACGGCUCCAGAAUUAAAGGCUGGUGGGUUUUGCAUCACUACGUCUCCACUUUUCUCUCGGGUGUCAUGCUAACCUGGCCUGAGGGUGUGAUAUAUCAGACGUUUAGGAGUCAGUUCCUGGCCUUCUCCAUCUUUCAGAGUUUUGUGCAGUUUCUGCAGUAUUAUUAUCAGAGCGGGUGUCUGUAUCGGCUGCGUGCUUUAGGAGAGAGGAAUCAGCUGGAUUUGACAGUAGAGGGCUUCCAGUCAUGGAUGUGGAGAGGACUGACCUUCCUGUUGCCAUUCCUGUUCUUUGGACAUUUUUGGCAGCUGUACAACGCAGUGACUCUGUUUAAACUUGCUGCACGGGAUGACUGUAAAGAGUGGCAGGUGUUCAUGCUGGCUCUGACGUUCCUCGUACUGUUCCUGGGAAACUUCCUCACCACGGUGAAGGUGGUCCAUCAGAAGGUACAGAAGAACAACCAGAAGGUGGACAAGCAGAAGAAAAACUGAAACUACACUUCAGUUGUCAUGGCAACAUCCUCGUCACUACAGAGACUGUACGAAAGGAGAGCGAGCGGCUGUUUCUCAGUCCUCCAUGUACCGUUGGCGUCUCUUGGCUGUGUAAGGUGAUGGACAAUAUGGUGAUUUACACACAGGUCAAACGUUUUUAUUGUGGUCGGUGUGAAUGUUUACACGUGAGCUUGCUGCUGGAGACACACACAUGACCAGGGACAAGGGAGGAAAAGGGAUCUCAGCAGUGCUAUCGAUUAAAGGAUGCUGAAUAAAAAUCCUGCGUUUCCUGCGUCUCUGUCUAUACACGCACAGCCCUAUGUUUGUCAUGCAAUAUUAUAUCACUCUUGUGUGACGAUAUGUGAUCUACGAUUUUUCCUGAGUGGCAGGGAUCCCUAGGUCUGACUUCACUCUCAAGUUUUCAUCUUCUUCAGCUUAAUGUAGUUGUUAUAAAACACUGAAUUGAUUCUUAAUCUGUAUAUGAUAAGUUUGACAACAUUUAAUGCAGUAGUGUUGUGUUUAGAUAGCCAUGUUAACAUUAAAAAUUCCUUUAUUGUACAGCUAGACAUGUUUUUCUUAAAGUAUUUAUCAGUAAAAUACAUGCUUGAGACAGCCAGGUCUUUGUUUAUCAUCAGUUCUGACCUACUGUACAUUUACACUAGCCUACAUCUCACUGCUCUGCUAAAGUUUCCAGCCAACAGUCUCAGUCAAAUUAUCGUCAGUGUAAUAAGUGUGUGAAGUUAUUGUCAGUGCAAAUGUGAACAAACAAAAGAAUGGUUUGUUAAACGUGCCGAGAGUUAAAGCUGAUAAGUUAGGGUAAACUAACAAAAUUAAAAACAAUUAUUUUGGAGUAAUAUUUAAAAUAUUUUUUUUUAACCUUUCAUCCAUCCAUCCAUCCAUUUUCCACAACGCUUAUCUUACACAUGGGAGCCUGGAGACUAUCCCAGGGAAUUCUGCACACAUUUUAAAAAUGUAAUAAUAAUAAGAGGAACAACAAAAAAUUUAAAUCAAUAAUUAGAUUUAUGGUUCACAAGGAAAAAAAACAAGCAUGCAUUUUUUUUCAGUUAGUAAAUGAUGUUAUUAUUUUCUUUUAUUUUGGAGGGGUGAGGUUCAUUCCAGGAGCUCCUUUUGAAUGGUGGAGAUAGUCACGAUACAGUUUUGGUUUCUGAUUGGUCAGACACAGUAAUUUAGCCACCAGGGGGUGCUGCGAAUCUAAAUAUAUUUGAUCCAGUGCAGUGUGGUGGAAGUGUUUAACGUCAUUGUAAGGUUUGACUCAACACUGCGCCAGAAUUAAAAACCACCACAUGAACCUGUUAAACCUGUAUUGUUUCUGUCGAACGGUCCAUUCAUUCACUUCCCCUUUGGUGAAUCAUUUAUUACAAUUUGUUAGGUCCAAAGAGGACUGGCUGAUGGUUUGUAAAUGAAUCCUCAAAUAAGUUUUGCUGCUGGCAUUGAGACAAUAGAAUGAAGUGCUUUGUCUGUAUUGGUUAACAGUCACAGGCAUCACAUUAGUGGUGAUGUUAUUAUUACUACAACUUAUAUCGAUAUAAUAUCGUGAUCAUUGAUUACGCGAUAAACUUUUCUGAGAUAUCGUUGGUAUGUUGAUGUAUUUUUU